AUGAUGGAAAGCAUCCAGACAGGAGUGGUCAAAUGUGGCGGCUAUCGGUACGACGAUGGAACGCGUUACAUUGGUGAUUGGAAUCAGCGAGGCCAGAAACACGGCAUGGGCUCGAUGAUGUUCUCCGACGGGACCCGCUAUGAUGGAGCUUUCAGCAACGGUGUAUGCUCCGGGCUUGGCGUGAUGUGUUUUCCCGACGGAGCAAAGUAUGAGGGCGAGUUCAUGCAGGGCUGGUUCCACGGUCAUGGUGUAUUCUGGCGGGCAGAUGGCAUGAAAUACGAAGGCGAAUUCCGCGGAGGACGUAUCUGGGGCCUGGGACUGAUCACGUUCAGCGAUCAGAGCCACGGAUUCCCACGCAACGAAGGCUUUUUCCAGGACUGCCGGUUAGUGCGGAAAAAGCGCUGUCCAGACGUCAUUAAUCGGGCGCAGAAAGUGGCCUUAAUGGCUCGGGCCCAGUGCGAUCAGGGUAACUAACAACAGCUUUAGUCAGAAACGGCAAUGAUUCAUUAUCCGGAUAAAGCGACAGCCGAUUAUUACAGGGGGUUUGUGCGUUAUAGUUGUUAUUUGUUCUGUUUUUUUGAACACUUUUAUUAGUAGCCAUUGCCAGGUGUAGAUGUAUGUACAUAAGAACCAGUUUACGGUUGAAGAUGUUGUAUUCAUCUAAUAAAUUUUACC